AUGGGCCCACACGAGACUCCGUACGAAUUCGGCUUCUUUGAGUUUGCGAUACGAUUUAACAAAGAGUAUCCGUCAAAAUCACCCAGCGUUCAGUGCAUCACAACGAAUGGAGGGCGUUGUCGAUUCAAUCCCAACAUUUACUCUAGUGGGAAAGUCUGUUUCACAUGGAGAGGAGAACGUGGCGAAGAGUGGUCAUCAGCACAAGGCCUCGAGUCAAUCUUACUAUCAAUCCAGAGCUUAAUGUCGGCAAAUCCCUAUGAAAACGAACCAGGUUUCGAAGAUGCGAAUACACCACGUGAUAAGGAAGCACAAAAGCAUUACGUCCAAAAGGUGCGAGAUCCGUUCUUCCACGCUAGAGUUGGACUCCAGCUAACCUGUCAGCAGAUACGGCAUGAAACUUUGAGGAUAUCUAUUAUCCAGCGUCUGGAGUCCUACUUGGGGCUACAAGCUAAUGGCAGCAGCGCCCCCUCUGACACACUGGACUCUAGCAGCUUUGAUUACGAAGACAUAGACGAAUCAAACGUCCCGUUUGAGCCGUUCAAAGAUCUAUGCAAACGCAAGUUUCUUUGGUAUUACGAUUCGUAUAUGGCUGCUGUGGCACAAGGCAAAUCCGAAGUGAAAGAUAUGCAGCUAUUUGUUAGAAUGCCGUUUGAGUCUCCCAACACCAACUCCAUGGAUGGUCGCUUCAACUACACGGAGCUUGAACGCCGGCUCAAAGCAAUUAAAGCGGCGCUCGACGCAGAAACGCUUCGCUGGGCAGAAGAAGGCCGCACAUCCAAGGCAGGAGAGUCAACCGUUGCCGUCAACUUGCAGCAUCAAUUUGACCAAGUGUCAGCUUACUUGAAACGCGGCGAUAUGCCCCAUAGCGUCGUCCUUGAAAAUGGUAAUCCUUUUGUCUGGUUAAUUACCUACUUUGGAAGGCCGAUGACGAAUCUCGACGGCGGGCUCUUUCGUAUCAAGAUGAGCUUCAGCACUCGGUUCCCCAAUGAACAGCCGCGUGUCAAGUUUGAGACCAAGAUCUUCCAUCACCAUAUUGCGGCCGAUGGAACAGCGUGUUACAGUCCUAACCCAAUGAAGAUGGAGGACGUCAAAUCUCAUAUUGAAGCCAUCUUUGAAACCCUAGAGGAAGAUGAGCCAGCCUAUGAUCCGAGAAAGAUUGUCAAUCCCGAGGCGACCAAAAUGUUUUGGGGAAAUAAGCCAGACGACAAGAAGCAGUAUAAUCGCCGUCUGCGGAGAUCAGUACAGCAGAGCAUGGAGGAAUUCCCCGAGUAA